AAAUGGCUUUCAGAGGACCAUCUUCUGGUGAAGCUUUUCCAGAAUGAAGAUGAAGGGCUGGGGGACGGUUCUUCUUCUGUGGCUGUUGAGCUUCUCCCGGAGCUCUUGCGAUGAGAAACCUUCGCAGGACUUCAUGCUCUUCGCAGGUCCUUUAACCAAGCAGUUUCUCAAUUACCUGAAAACCAAUCCGUUUGCCAGUCAAACUUUUCAGGCUUCAGGUGCCUCAGUUGCCGAAGAUGUCUUCGACUGCAGAGAGCCUCUCCCAGCACUGUCCAGAGAAUACUUCCAGUACCUGCAGAGCCGAGGGGUGACCCAUUUCAAGGUUCCUCUGUCCUGGUUAAACAUCCUUCCAACAGGACAGUCCAGCCAGCCCCAUGAAGACACCGUGAGAUGCUACAGGACCCUCAUAAAGGAACUCACAGACUCAGGCAUCCAGCCUCUGCUGGAGCUCCACCGAUCUGAAGUACCAGAAGGCCUGAGGCAAAGAUAUGGAGACUGGACGAACCCUGCCAUGACACAGGCCUUCCAGGACUAUGCUGUUUUUAUCCACACUACAUUUAAGGAUCAGGUCAAGACAUACAUGACAUUUAGCCACAUACACGAGCUCCAAAAUUCACCACAGCUACGCCACGCCUUGCAGGCUCACACAGCGGUGUAUAAUAUCUAUCAUCAGAUGUCUAAAGAUGUCCGUGUCUCCAUUGGAGCGAGAGCCAGUGAUGUCGCGGGUCUAUACCAUGUAAGCCCCGUGUACAUGAGAUAUAUCGAUUUAAUAUCUGUGUAUAUGGAGUAUGACUGCACCAGCAAAACCAGCCUGACUGAGGCACUUACCGACACUCAGCUGCAGAUUGGUCAGCGCUCUAUUCUGAUGUAUCAGAUGAGGACUAAGAACUGUGCUGACAGCAGCUUUCAGCCUCUCAUCAGCGUUCUUGAAGCUUUGAAAAACACAGAAGUUCAUCUUAUUGGCUGUGAUAUCACUGACCUCCUAGGGAAGCUUGAUCACACAGAUGAAAGUGUGCAGACUGAUGACUCAAAGUCCCACGACAAGGAGCAAAGAACAUCUUCACUCUCUUAUCAGAACGUCUGGGACAAAUUCAAAACUCAAACCCCAGCUGAAAGAGAUCUGUUCAUCAAUGGUUCCUUCCCUCAUAGCUUCCAAUGGGCAGUCUCCACUGACUCUUUCAAGGUGGAGGGUGGCUGGUCUGAACAUGGGAAAGGGGAAACUAUCUGGGAUCGCUUUGGUCAUGAAGGCAAAGUCUCUGAUAAUCAGACAGCCGAUGUGGCGUGUGAUAGCUACCACAAAGUGGAGUACGAUAUGUACCUGCUCAGAGGCAUUCACGCUCCUAACUAUCAGUUCUCAAUUUCUUGGGCUCGCAUUUUCCCCACCGGUACAAAGGAAAGUCUGCUUGAAAAGGGAGCGCUUUAUUAUGACAAGCUGAUCGACGCACUCCUCAAAUCUGGUGUUGAACCUACAGUCACGUUACAUUCUGGGGACCUGCCUCAAGCUCUGCAGGACUAUGGAGGUUGGACCAACAGCUCCAUUGUGGAGAUCUUCAAAGAGUUUGCUGACUUUUGCUUCUUCAGAUAUGGAAACAGAGUGAAGACCUGGAACACUUUUAGCAGUCCUUGGGUGAUCAGUAACUUUGGGUAUGGUACAGGGGAACAUCCUCCAGGUAUUAAGGACCCAACUUCAGCUCCUUACCAGGUGACACACAACAUAAUAAAAUCUCAUGCAGAGGCCUUUCAUGUCUACAAUGAUAAAUACAGAAAGUUGCAGGAUGGGAAAGUGGGCAUCGCUCUCAACUCAGACUGGGCAGAGCCACAUAACCUUGACAGUCCCCCGGAUGUAGAAGCUGCAGAACGCUACCUGACCUUCAUGCUGGGAUGGUUCGCUCAUCCCAUAUUUGUAGAUGGGGAUUAUCCUGCGCUGCUGAAAACACAGAUCGAGCUGAAGAACACUAGAUGUGGUGCAGAGCUAGCUGUUCUUCCAGUGUUUACAGAAGAUGAGAAGCGGAGGAUUAAAGGCACGGCUGAUUUCUUUGGGAUAAAUCACCACACAUCCCGUCUCAUCAACGAGAGCCGGGGAAGCUGUGUCGCAGGACCAGGCAGUGUCGGGGACUUUGAGAGUCAUAUUGACUCAACGUGGCCAACAACAGCAUCAAGCCAAAUCCAAUCUGUGCCAUGGGGGCUUCGCCGAUUGCUGAAUUAUAUUUAUGAGGAGUUCACAUCAGUGGCCAGAGUGCCUAUUUACAUCACUGGAAAUGGGAUGCCAACAGAAUAUAGUAGUGAUAUCUUCAACGACACUCAACGUGUAGAGUUCCUCAAGGCGUACAUCAACGAGGCAAUGAAAGCCAUUCUCCUGGACAGUGUUGCUGUACAGCGAUUCACAGUACAGUCCCUGAUCGAUGGCUUUGAGGGUCCUCAAGGCUACAGUGAAAGAUAUGGAUUGCAUUACGUCAAUUUCGAAGAUCCCGACAGACCCAGAACUCCAAAAGCUUCAGCUUACUACUUCUCUCAGGUCAUUGAAAGAAACGGUUUCGGAGAGAAAACAGUGACCUCUUCUGGACAGACCAUUGCCACAAGGUACCAGGAAAGUUCCAGACGUGUCAGUCUACCACCAUCUGAAGUCCCUUCAAAGUCUAAAGUUGUUUGGGAGAAGUUCUCACCACAAUCCAGAUUCCAGAAAAAGCUUUAUCACUAUGGAACUUUUCCAGAAGAUUUCCAAUGGGGCGUUUCAACCUCAGCAUAUCAAAUCGAAGGUGGCUGGGACGCUGAUGGUAAGGGACCUAGUGUGUGGGAUACCUUCACCCACACGCCUGGGAGCAUCAAAAACGAUGACACUGGUGACGUGGCUUGUGAUAGCUAUAAUAAACUGGAAGAAGAUCUCUACAUGUUGAGAGCUCUUAAAGUGAAAGCGUACAGGUUCUCUCUAUCUUGGCCCAGGAUAUUCCCUGAUGGUUAUAGAACGUCUCUAAACCAGAAGGGGGUUGACUAUUACAAUCGACUCAUAGAUGGUCUCAUAGCAAAUAACAUCACGCCAAUGGUAACACUUUUCCACUGGGACCUCCCUCAAGCUCUACAAGACAUUGAUGGCUGGGACAAUGUUGCUAUGAUUGAAAUAUUCAAUGACUACGCCGACUUCUGCUAUGAAACCUUUGGAGACAGAGUGAAGUUCUGGAUGACCUUUAAUGAGCCUUUUGUAACUUCUUGGGUAGGCUAUGGACCGGGUAUAGUUCCUCCUAAUAUCAAGAGCCCUGGUGAUGCUCCUUAUAGGGUGACACAUAACAUUUUAAAGGCUCAUGCUAAAGCAUAUCACACAUAUGAUGAUAAGUAUCGAAAAACCCAACACGGGCUGGUGUCCAUUAGUCUGAACACUGAGUGGAUUGAGCCUCUGGAUGUAAACGUACCUCGAGAGAUUGCAGCUGCUGACAGGGCCCUCCAGUUCCAGCUUGGAUGGUUUGCCCAUCCCAUCUUUAAGAACGGAGACUAUCCUGAUGCCAUGAAGUGGCAGGUGGGCAACAAGAGUGAACUUCAAGGCUUGGCAGAAUCCAGGUUGCCCACUUUUACCGAAGAAGAGAAGGCCUACAUCCAAGGCACUGCUGAUGUCUUCUGCCUCAAUACUUACAGUGCCAGACAGGCUCGUCAUGUGACUGCCAGGCUCUCGCCCAGAUCUUAUGAGUACGAUCAGGAUAUUGCUGCAGACGACGUGUCAGACUCUCAAGCCACUGCGAUGAAGGAAUUGAGGGCAGCAGCUUGGGGACUGAGGAGACUCCUCAACUGGAUAAAGGAGGAGUAUGGGGACCCUGAAAUUUACAUUACAGAGAAUGGAGUCUCUACAGAUACGUCCAUAACAGUGGAUGACACCGACAGGAUAUUCUACCUGAAGACCUACAUUGAUGAAGCUCUCAAAGCACACAACCUAGAUGCAGUACGCCUCAAGGGCUAUACAGCUUGGUCACUCAUGGACAAUUUUGAGUGGAUUAAUGGCUACAGUGUUGGCUUUGGGCUUCACCAUGUGGAUUUCAAACAACCCGAUCGUCCAAGGACUCCAAAACGCAGUACUCACUAUUACUACAAAGUCAUGAGAGACAACGGUUUUCCACUGCCGGAGGAGGAGAAGCCUCUGUACGGUCACUUCCGUGAAGGAUUUGCAUGGAGUGUAGCUACAGCAUCUUACCAGAUCGAGGGAGGCUGGAGAGCAGAUGGGAAAGGUUUGAGCAUCUGGGACACGUUUGCUCAUACGCCUCUCAGAGUGGGAAAUGACGACACUGGAGACAUUGCUUGUGAUAGCUACAACAAAAUCAGUGAAGAUGUUGAAAUGCUCAAAAAGCUCAAGGUCAGCCACUACCGUUUCUCCAUAUCGUGGCCGAGAAUCAUGCCUGAUGGGACUACAAGCACAAUCAACGAGGCAGGACUGAACUAUUAUCAUCGGCUUGUGGACGCACUGUUGAAAGCCAACAUAAAGCCUCAGGCGACACUGUAUCACUGGGACCUCCCUCAGGCUCUGCAGAAUGUUCGCGGGUGGGAGAACGACACAAUCGUUGAAAGAUUUAAGGACUACGCCGACGUUGUCUUUAAAAGUUUAGGAGACAAAGUAAAGUUCUGGAUCACAAUUAACGAGCCAUACAAUGUUGCCAACAUUGGACAUGGUUAUGGCACUGCUGCACCAGGCAUAAGUUUACGGCCUGGUACAGCACCCUACAUUGUGGCCCACAAUCUCAUUAAAGCCCACGCUGAAGCCUGGCACCUAUACAACGACAAGUACCGUGCCACUCAAGGUGGGAUUGUCGGCAUCACCAUAAACUCAGACUGGGCGGAGCCUAGAAACCCCUACAAACAAGAGGAUUAUGAAGCAGCCAGGCGUGUUGUGGAGUUCCAGAUUGGCUGGUUUGCUCACCCUGUGUUUAAUGGAGAUUACAGUGAUGUGAUGAAGAACAGAAUACGAGAAAGAAGCUUGGCCGCUGGUCAGGCCAAAUCACGUCUUCCAGAAUUUACCCCUGAAGAAGUGAAAAGGAUAAAAGGCACUUAUGAUUACUUUGGAUUCAACCAUUACACCACUAUCUUGGCUUUCAACCUGGAUUACAAAAAUCUUCAGCACUAUGAUGCAGACAGGGGAGCAGGGACAAUUCAUGACCGCUCCUGGUUGGACUCUGGAUCUUCCUGGCUGAAAGUGACUCCACCUGGAUUCAGAACAAUCCUGAACUUCAUCAAGAAUGAGUACGGAAACCCUCCCAUCUAUAUUACAGAGAACGGCAUCUCUGAAAGAGGCGAUAUGGACCUGAAUGACAUUCACAGAAUUCACUACUAUGAAAACUACAUCAACCAGGCUCUGAAAGCUUAUUUGCUUGAUGACGUGGACAUACGUGGCUACACCGCCUGGACGCUGAUGGACAAUCUGGAGUGGGCCACUGGAUUUGCUGAGAAAUUUGGCCUCUUCUAUGUUAACCGUUCUGAUCCAUCUCUGCCACGAAUCCCCAAGAAAUCUGCCACACACUACGCUACCAUCAUCAACUGCAACGGCUUCCCAGAUCCUAGCCAGGGACCCCAUGAAUGUCAGACUCUGGAACCUGAAGCAACGAAACUUCCUCCCACUGAAAAACCCAUGCCGGUAAAUUUUCUGGGUAUGGAAGUGUCUGCUCCUGAUGCCGAGGUGGCGCUCUACGUCCUCUUCAGUCUCACUAUCGCAGGCGUAAUCACAGUUGCCAUCAUCACCUACCAGUGUAUUAAAGUGAAGAAGAGAUCAAAACAUCUCUCAGAGGAGCACAUAGCUCUUGAGAGGAAGUUUUAAUUUUUUUUUUUUUUUUAGAUUUGUUUGUCGUCUCAACUGGAAAUUAAGCCCUCAGAUACAAUGCAGUCAUGCCCUGCCAUAUUUAAUAGUCUUGGCAUAUUUUUUUGUGAAUCUUGCCAUUAAAAAUAUAUACCUUA